UGCAAUUUAGAUGGAAUGUGAUGAUGUGACUUCCUGCUUCUUAGCUCAUAACUCCUGCUCUCCUAAUAUGGCUGCAGACAAAGACCGUAGGCCUCACAAUAUGGCUACAGGAAAAGGCCUUAUUCUUACAGGAGCAAUCAGUGGAAUCCCUCAUUCACGGCAUCAGGAAGGGAAUUGCACUCGAUGCAGUAACUGGUCACAGGGAUGCGUGGCAGAGUCCAGAGCGUCUGUCUGCAGGGAGAGAGCCUGGGGGGAAUUGGGCUGUGACAUGCACUUAAGCCCCUUCUGAAACCGUCCCAAUCGCCCGAACAGGCUGAGGAAUCACAUCCAGAUUUCCCUCGAGAUCGUCCCGUCUUCCAGGGGAGAGGGAAGGGAAAUGGCUGUGAUGGAGUCAGCUCAGUUGUCGGUGAUCUUCGAGGAGGUGGCUGUGUAUUUCACCCAGGAGCAGGGAGCUCUGCUGGACCCCAGUCAGAGAGCCCUCUACAGGGAUGUCAUGCAGGAGAACUAUGAGAUGGUGACCUCGCUGGGAUUUCCCAUUCCCAAACCUGAACUGAUCUCCCACCUGGAACGAGGGGAAGAACUGUGGGUCCCGGAUCUCCAGGUCUGUGAGGAAAGAGAGAUCCUGAGAGGCAAUCGCACAGCAGGUGAUGAGACAGUGGAUGAGAAGAAGGAUGGGAAUCAUCAUGAGGAAGUUCCUGGGCAAAUGGAACCACAGGGGACCUUUGUGGGAAGAGCUGAAGGGAGUUUAUCCCAGUGCUUGGAAGAGGGAGAAGCCUGUGGAAAUUGGCCCAAGUCAGAGAGGCUACUGAAAAACCACCCAAGGAAGAAAGUGGAUGAAUCUAUUACAUGUGGGGGAGGAGAUAAGGAUCCCACAGCCCAGCAGACCAAUCCCAAGGAAGAGAAACCCUAUCAGUGCCUCAAAUGUGGAAAAGGAAUCAUUCUCCGAUCACCGAUUGUGACAUAUCAGACAAUCCAUACUGGAGGGAAACCCCUUCAAUGCUUGGCCCAUGGGGAAAGCUUCAGUAACUGCUCAGAUCUUAAUAACCAUGGGAAAAGCCACAUGGGAGCGAAACCCUAUCAAUGCCUCGAGUGUGGAAACUGUUUGAAUUGGAAGUCAGCAUUAAUUACACAUCAGAGAAUCCAUACAGAGGAGAGACCACACCAGUGCUUGGACUGUGGGAAAAGUUUCAUACAGAGGUCAGACCUUAUUAGACAUCAAGCAAUCCACACAGGAGAGAGACCCCAUAAGUGCUUGGAUUGUGGGAAAAGUUUCAUACAGAGGUCAGACCUUAUUAGACAUCAGGCAAUCCACACAGGGGAGAGACCCCAUAAGUGCUUGGAUUGUGGGAAAAGUUUCAUACAGAGGUCAAACCUUGUUAAACAUCAAGCAAUCCACACAGGAGAGAGACCACAUAAGUGUUUGAACUGUGGAAAAAAAUUCAUACGGAAGUCACACCUUGUUAAACAUCAGGCAAUCCACACAGGAGAGAGACCCCACAAGUGCUUGGACUGUGGGAAAAGUUUCAUACAGAGGUCACAACUUAUUAAACAUCAGGCAAUCCACACAGGAGAGAGACCCCACAAGUGCUUGGAAUGUGGGAAAAGUUUCACACAGAGAUCACACCUCAUUAAACAUGGGAGAAUCCACACAGGAGAGAGACCCCAUCAGUGUUUGGACUCUGGGAAAAAAGCUUUCAGAACCAGAUCAGCCCGUAUUAAACAUCAGGCAAUCCACACAGGAGAGAGACCCCACAAGUGCUUAGUCUGUGGAAAAAAUUUCAUAUGGAGGUCAGACCUUCUUAAACAUCAGGCAUUCCACACAGGAGAGAGACCCUACAAGUGCUUGGACUGUGGGAAAAGUUUCAUACAGAGGUCAGACCUUAUUAGACAUCAGGCAAUCCACACAGGAGAGAGACCCUACAAGUGCUUGGACUGUGGGAAAAGUUUCAUACAGAGGUCACACCUUAUUAAACAUAAAGCAAUCCACACAGGAGAGAGACCCCACAAGUGCUUGGACUGUGGGAAAAGUUUCAUACAGAGGUCAAACCUUGAUAAACAUCAAGCAAUCCACACAGGAGAGAGAACACAUAAGUGUCUGAACUGUGGAAAAAAUUUCAUACGGAGGUCAGACCUUGUUAAACAUCAGGCAAUCCACACAGGAGAGAGAGCACACAAGUGCUUGGACUGUGGAAAAAGUUUCAUACAGAGGUCAAACCUUAUUAAACAUAAAGCAAUCCACACAGGAGAGAGACCCCACAAGUGCUUGGACUGUGGGAAAAGUUUCACACAGAGAUCACACCUCAUUAAACAUGGGAGAAUCCACACAGGAGAGAGACCCCAUCAAUGUUUGGACUAUGGGAAACCUUUCAGAACCAGAUCUACCCGUAUUAAACAUCAGGCAAUCCACACAGGAGAGAGACCCCACAAGUGCUUGGACUGUGGGAAAAGUUUCAUGUGGAGGUCAGACCUUCUUAAACAUCAGGCAUUCCACACAGGAGAGAGACCCCACAAAUGCUUGGACUGUGGGAAAGGUUUCAUACAGAGGUCAGACCUUAUUAGACAUCAGGCAAUCCACACAGGAGAGAGACCCCACAAAUGCUUGGACUGUGGGAAAAGUUUCAUACAGAGGUCACACCUUAUUAAACAUAGAGCAAUCCACACAGGAGAGAGACCCCACAAGUGCUUGGACUGUGGGAAAAGUUUCAUACAGAGGUCACACCUUAUUAAACAUAAAGCAAUCCACACAGGAGAGAGACUCCACAAGUGGUUUGUCUGUGGAAAAAAUUUCAUAUGGAGGUCAGACCUUCUUCAACAUCAAGCAUUCCACACAGGAGAGAGACCCCAUGAGUACUUGGAGUGUGGGAAAAGUUUCAUACAGAAGUCAGACCUUAUUAAAUGUGGGAGAAUCCACACAGGAGCUAAACUUCUGUGACACUGGGAGAGAAAGAGUUUAGCAACUUGCAUGUAAUAGACCCAGUUCAACCUUGAGAGAUAUGUUAAAAAAGUGUGUCCAUGUUAGAUAAGCUUUAGCUUUGAAAUGUAAACUUAAGUUGUUAAAAACCUGGAAGAAGAUGGUAACUGUAGUCGUCUAUAGAAAGCAACAAAGAGUCCUUUGGCACCUUAUAGACUAACAGAAGUAUUGGAGCAUAAGCUUUUGUGGGUGAAUACCCACUUUGUCACACGCAUGUGGUGGAAAUUUCCAGAGGCAGGUAUAAAUAUGCAGGCAAGAAUCAGUCUAGAGAUAAUGAGGUUAGUUCAAUCAGGGAGGAUGAGGCCAUCUUCUAGCAGUUGAGGUAUGUACACCAAGGGAGGAGAAACUGCUUUUGUAGUUGCCUAGCCAUUCACAGUCUUUAUUUAAUCCUGAGCUCAUUGUGUCAAAUUUGCAAAUGAACUGAAGUUCAGCAGUUUCUCUUUGGAGUCUGGUCCUGAAGUUUUUUUGCUGCAGGAUCCCCUUGUAAAUUUACUAUUGUGUGUCCAGGGAGGUUGAUGUGUUCUCCUACAGGUUUUUGUAUAUUGCCAUUCCUAAUAUCUGACUUCUGUCCAUUUAUUCUUUUAUGUAGGGAUUGUCCAGUUUGGCGGAUGAACAUAGCAGAGGGGCAUUGCUGGCACACGAUGGUGUAUGUUACAUUGGUGGACGUACAAGUGAAUUAACCGCUGAUGUUGUGGCUGAUCUGGUUAGGUCCUGGGAUGGUGUCGCUGGUGUAGAUAUGUGGGCAGAGUUGGGAUUAAGGUUUGUUGCAUGCAUUGGUUGCUGAGUUAGAGUUACUAUGGUGCGGUGUGUGGUUGUUGGUGAGAAUAUGCUUAAGGUUGGUGGUUUGUCUGUGGGCGAGAACUGGCCUGCCUCCCAAGGCCUGUGAAAGCGAGGGAUUGUUGUCCAGGAUGGGUUGUAGAUCACUGAUGAUGUGUUGGAGAGGUUUAAGCUGAGGACUGUAGGUGAUGGCCAGUGGAGUUCUGUUGGUUUCUUUCUUGGGCUUGUCUUGCAGCAGGAGGCUUCUGGGUACACGUCUGGCUCUGUUGAUUUGUUUCCUUAUUUCCUCGUGCGGGUAUCAUAGUUUUGAUAAUGCUUGGUGAAGAUCUUAUAGGUGUUGGUCUGUGUCUGAGGGUUUGGAGCAAAUGCGGUUAUACCUCAGCGCUUGGCUGUAGACGAUGGAUCAUGUGGUGUGUCCAGGAUGGAAGCUUGUUACCAAAAUAUCGGGUCCGCCUAGCUGAGAGCCAAUAACAGCCACACAGGGAUAAGGGAAAGGUUGCUUUAUUCUACAGAAGAAAGGAGAGCUUUGCACCUUGGUAUAAAACUUUGUUUUACACACAUUUUAUAGAUUUUUUUAUAUAUACACAUUUAGACAAAGGCCCUUGCCAUGUUAACACUUGAUUGGUGGUUGCCAGACCCGUGCUUCUGCAAUCUGGUCAGUGAAUACCGGCUUGGGGCUAGUUCCCUCCGUCUCAAGGCAGAGGAGAGAAGAUAGUUCAAAAGUUCAGGAUGCUGUGUACUUGAGGUAUCUGCUUCCCCCUAAUGGCCACUGGCUGCCAUAAAGGCUGCUAGCUGUUAGGGACGGUCACUAGUAACUUUUACAGUCCCCCCUUCAGGCCUGACAAGCUCACAAAUGAACCGCAGGGCUGCUAGGGUCUUUGGGUAGCACUUCUUUUAUCUGUGAGAAAAGAAACCUAACACAUUUCAUUAAUGCCUGGCAGUGGUUCGCGGAUUUGUCUAGCACGCAAGUCCUGGACCUUUCUUGUUUUAUUGAUAUUUUUUAACUUCUGCCCAUUCAGUUUUCCGUAUUACUUGUAAGGAGAGUACUUCAGAGAGAUUUGCAGGUACAGCCCACAACCCUAUUCCUUCCUCAGAGCGGAUUUUUUGACACAGCCAACAAUCAUACAAGUGUUCCAAUGUGACCAUUCGCUGAAGAGGUUUAGUGGCUGGUUGUGGGUUCGCUUGUACAAGGGGCAGACCCAAAAGUAAUAGCCACUGCAGCACCGUCUGAGAACCCAUAGUUAUAAAGUCUUAGGACUUUGUUUGCCAGAACAGAAGCUUUAGUCCCUCAAGAGGUUUAGCUUUCCAGGUAUUGUUUGCUUCUGGCUCUUCCAGGUCGCGGUGGGAAGAGCUGGCGGUGCUCCCUCGAUGUCCGAAGUCGUCUGCUUCUGGCCCCGUCCUAGGGGCUAGCUUCACUCGAGUGUGGUGUAUCCAAGUGUCUCGCUUUUUUACUUGAAUGGCAGUGUGAGAGGUUUGAAGGACUUGGAAAGGGCCCACCCACCGGGGUUGGAGAGGCUCGUGUUUCCACUUUUUUACAUAGACCCAGUCUCCUGGAGCGAUCCGGUGUGCAGGGACAUCAGCAGGUAGGGACUGAAAUUGAGCUGCAUACCUGCUGGAAUGGCAGUCAGGAUUGUGUGAGGGUUAGGCACCACGUUGUGUCUAGUCUUGACGACUUUAUUCACUGCAAGUAAGUCUUGGACAAAUCGGUAUACCGGUUUUUCCUCUGAGUCCAUGUCAGGUUUUCUGACUGGCAGAAUGGGAGUAUUGAAAGGAGAUUUGGUGUGAACCAGCACUCCCAACCGCAGGAAUGUGGUGAAAAGACAAACAGAGCUUCUCGGGGGAUGGGAUUCUGACAAAUUCGAGGAAUGUCAAUGUCUGGCUUCAAGGUUAUACCCACUGGCUCUGUCUGGAGAGUACCCAAGUCUGCCUUUGAAGUGCCCCACAGGGAGAUGUUUACUUCCUGUCUGAGUCGCUCGGGUAGGAUUGGGUCCGCAGGCAGGAUCGAGUCCUCUUAAACUUGGGUCAGAACAGCACACAGCUGGGGAAGUUGGGUUUGAGGCAACCAAAGAAUGAUUUUGUCAUUUGAAAAGAAAAUCUGACCACGUAGUUUACACAACAGGUCUCUGCCUAAGAGGUUAACUGGGGAAUCCGGGGUUAGCAGAAAGGCAUGGUGGGCAGAGACACUAGAGAUUUCUACAGCAGUCUCCUGUAAUACAGAACAAUCAAAUGGCUUUCCGCCUAUACCCAUUACCAGAAUGCUUUUAUCCGUGAGGCUUUCUCUUUUUGGCUUGGCAGUAACAGUAGAAAGGGCAGCCCUGAAUCCAAAAGACAAGAAUAGGCGGUUCCUCCCAAUGUUAGGCGAACCUGGGGGUCUGUGGAGGAACAAACAUAAGUACCCACUCUUUCUCUUCCGUGCGCAAUAGGCAAUCUAAAAGUUGGCCCACGUCUUGCCAAUCAGGAUUAUGAGACUGGAAAAUGGCACGGAAUCGCCUGUGAACGACGUUCGGGUCGUCCCUAAGGCGAGGCGUAGUGGUUUGCCAGUUCAUAAGGUCUGCAGUGGUAAAGGGGACAUGAACAUAAUGGUCUAAAACAUUCACAUCCGUUGUAGGGACUGGGAUGGUCCGGAGGGGUGCUUGGAUAUUAAUUACCUUUUCCCCAUAGAGUGCCCCCUUCCUUGUAUGGGACGGACUAAGGAUGGGAACAGACAGGGAAGUAGUGUACCCACUGCUGGUGGCUCCACUAGCUGAUUCGCUGACCUGCAUUGUGGCAUCCUCAAUCUUUGUUGGCGGGAUCUGUCUCGGUGGGGAACUGCUGCCUCGGGCUUCGUUGAGGAGGGUACCGGAUCCGCCGCAAUUGGUAAUGCUGCCACCGGGGGUGGCCAUGGUCUAGGGCAAUAUAUGGGGGGGGAUAUCCUACCAACAAUCAGCUUCAUGAGGGGCAGAAGCUUUCGGGAAUAGAGGGACCUGAAUCUGUACCUUCUUCAAGCGAUGAUGAGCCUCAUCGUCCCACAAAAACCAAUAGUCCAUUUGCCCCGGCGCUUGGUUUUCCAAUGUCAGGUGCAAGGGGGUUAAAUGGGUAGGAAUAUCAAAGGAGCCAUACUCGGGCCAUGCAGUCCCCAGGGCUGGCCAAUCCUGGGUGCAAAGUUGUAAAAAACGCUUCCUUCACAUCCCCUUUUGAAUACCGGGUAAGGGCCAUUUGUUUAACAUAUAAUUCAAAGGACUAUCCUUAGAGGGUUUUACCAGAGACCCACCCAUCUGCCUGCUGAUACUCUAACAGAGAAUUACACAGAGAACAGAAGGAAUUAUGGCCUAAUAGGAUCCUAUUACAGGAAUUUCUACUAAUACUGAUCGCUACAGGGGACGGGACAGAAGGAUCCCAAUUCGACCUCAGAGCUUCAUCGCACGUGAUGGCUUCCACUCUGAGGAAUUACGAAUGAAAGGCUCAGUUCCAUCCACACACCUAACACCAAAUGUAUAAGACAGAAAUUCAUUAACCGGUUAACCAGAACAGAACCAGAUAGUGUCUCCUUAUCCUAUUAGGGCUCACCUUAUCGGAGCAUGAACCCCAGGGACCACGGUGAAGUAGAGAAAAGGGGCGAAACACCCCGUUGGUGCCGUUCCCAGUUCGCCGCCGCCAUCCAAUGUCCGAGCUAGGAGACUCACAUCUCGGUCGCCAGAAACUGUUACCAAAAUAUCGGGUCCGCCUAUCUGAGAGCCAAUAACAGCCAGACAGGGAUAAGGAAAAGGUUGCUUUAUUCUGCAGAAGAAAGGAGAGCUUUGCACCUUGGUAUAAAAACUUUGUUUUACACACAUUUUAUAGAUUUUUUUAUAUAUACACAUUUAGACAAAGGCCCUUGCCAUGUUAACACUUGAUUGGUGGUUGCCAGACCCGUGCUUCUACUAUCUGGUCAGUGAAAACCAGCUUGGGGCUAGUUCCGUCUGCCUCAAGGCAGAGGAAAGAAGACAGUUCAAAAGUUCGGGAUGCUGUGUACUUGAGGAAUCUAAUUCCCCCAAUGGCCGCUGGCUGCCACAAAGACUGCUAGCUGUUAAGGGGGGUCACUAGUAACUUUCAAAAGCUGAAGGCAUGAAGGUAGACCAAGCGGUGAGUGGGUUUUUGGUACAGGGUGGUGUUAACGUGACAGUCACUUAUUUGAAUCAUGGUGCGUAGGAAAUGGACCUCCCUUGUAGAUUGGUCCAGGCUGAGGUUGAUGGUGGGGUGGAAACUGUUGAAGUCAUGCUCCAAUACUUCUCUUAGUGUUUAAGGUGCCACAGGACUCUUUGUUGCUUUUUAUAGAUCCAGACUGACACAGUUACCCCUCUGAUACUUGUAGUAGUCUGUGUUUGCCUUUAUCUUGUUAGAGGUUACCAAUGGAACCAAACAGUUCCUGUCUAGUGCUGUAUUCUGUUAAUUCAGAUAUCAAAAGGGAAUAAUAACAUUUAGAUGAAACUUGGGUGUAAUAAUGUCAUUGCAUGUCUCUUUAAAGUUUGUGGUAAACUGUCUAUGAACUUCUUUAUGGAUAAUUACAGUAUGUUAAUCCAUGUAGUUAAUUACUGGUGAUGUUUAGGAAAUAGAAGGUUACUUCAAAAGCCUAGUGAACAAUAGUUCUCCCAAGGACAGCCUGCUGAUGAGAGGCUGCAAAAAUCUGAAUAAAAACUCUUGGGACCUGAUCCUUUUCUCUCCGAUCUUGUUAAGCUUUAUUCAGAGGAAGUUUGAGUCAUAAGAUGGAGAUCUCCAGUCCCAUCUGGACUUCCCUGAUAUCGAACAUUUUUACAUGGACUAUAACCUCGUGAAAGGAUUCUGAAAAGGACUCUUUACAAUUAAAAAAAAAAAAAGAAAAGGAGUACUUGGGGCACCUUAGAGACUAAC